UAUGCUUCAAUGCGUCUAAAUGCUUGGAGUGUGAAGAUGGUUACUAUGGUGAGAUUUGUCAAAAACGUUGUCAAGAUAACUGUAAACUAUGCUACAAUAAUUUAAGCUGUGAAGUGUGUACUAUUGGUUGGAGUAAAAUGUGCGAUGGUUACGAAGAUUGUCCUGAAGUUAUCAGUCCCCUUGUUUGUGCUUUCUGUGAUCAUGGAUAUUAUGGAUAUCGUUGUGAGGAAAAAUGUGAACAUUGUAUUAAUGCAACAUGUGAUGGCGAAGGAAAAUGUGAGAAAGCCUGUAAACCAAAUAUCACCACUGGACAGUGUGUAGUAUCGCAGGAAUCUGGUGGCACCAAUCUUUCGUUUCUAUUCGCUACAUUAUUACUCCUUGUUCCUGGUAGUUUAGUAAUCGUCAUAGCAUACAUGAAAUUCAAAUGGAAGCACAGAAGAAGAUUAAGUGAACAUCAAUUGACGCUUCUCAUGAGAAAUGAACAAUCAUUUACAGAUUAUGGCGUUGGGAACAAUGAAAUUUCCUUGUAUAACAUUCGUGGAUCUCAGGCACUUUUGACAGAACUUGAUCCAGAGGAGGAGAUUGAAGAUAUUACUGUUCCAGAGAUCCAGAAUCACAUUUACCUUAAUGUGAAAAUUUCACGGAUUUUUGUAAACAGUCUUUGGGAAUUUACGAUAAAGAAUAAAGCCAACGAUUACCUGAAAGAAGAAUUCCAGGACCUUCCUGAAGGGCUCUUGCUGGAGUGUAGAGUAGCACAGAAAGCAGGAAACAAAAAGCUAAACAGAUACAAACAUAUUUAUCCUUAUGAUACAACGAGAGUCGUUCUUAAUACCGAAAACGGAAGCAAAGAUUAUAUCAAUGCCUCUUAUGUGAACGGACUGGAAAAACCUCGAGAAUAUAUAGCAGCCCAAGGUCCGUUUACUGGCGAUACGAUAAAUGAUUUUUGGCGAAUGAUUUGGCAAUCAAACGCUAACACUAUCGUUAUCCUUACAAACUUGGAAGAAAACGAAAUUAUGAAGUGCAAGAAGUACUGGCCGAAAUCAGAAAUAAGUUAUGAAGAUUUACACGUAAAGACGGACACAGAGGAGUCGUCAACGCUGUUUACAGUUCGUCGUUUCAAAGUACUAAAGGAAGGUGAAGAAAGAACAAUAGAGCAAUUUCACUUUACUGCCUGGCCAGAUAAAGGUGUCCCGAGAGAUGUCAAUUCAAUCUUGGAAUUCAGAAACAGAGUAGUUCGUAAGACAGAUAUAUCGGGACCCCUUAUAGUACACUGCAGUGCCGGUAUUGGUCGAACGGGCACUUUUAUAGCUAUAGACUACCUGAUAAAACAGGGACAGCGGGAUGGCAGUGUUGAUGUGGUCAGUUGUGUGUCCAGAAUAAGACAUCAGAGAGCUCACGCCAUACAAACAGUGGAGCAGUAUAUUUAUUUAUAUGACGUCAUCACAAAAGAACUUACUGGACAUCAGAGUGCACUAUUUAAAGAUGAAUUUAGAAACUACUUUAGUCAAAUUAAGUCGAUCAAUCCAUCAACUGGAAAACAAAAUAUUGAGGAAGAAUUCCAGUUGAUCGAAAAACUGUUACCUAACUUUGAUGAAAAGCGGUACCAAGCGGCGAGAGCAUUGAACAACCUAUCCAAAAAUAGACAUAACAAUAUAUUACCAGACGAAAAAUACAGGGUAUAUUUAAGUAGAGGAGAGAGUGACUACAUCAAUGCUGUCCAACUGCCGGAUGCCCAGCGUCCUUUCGGUUAUAUCUUAACACAAACACCUUUGCCAAAUACGAUGGGUGAUUUCCUCUCCUUAGUGGCGGAUCAUGAAGUCUUUGGUAUUGUCAUGUUUGAACAAGAUAUAGAAGAGAAUGUAGGAAUCUACUUACCUUCAAAAGAGGGCCCUAUUCUUUGUGAGUCAUUUGAAUUAUUUCUACAAGAUAAAUCCGAAUUAGGAGACAUUGAUGUUCUUAACCUGAAAUUUUACGACAGACAGACAGGAGAUGUACGUUCCAUUAUUGUGUUUCGUUGUCGUUUCUGGAAACAAAAUCGUCUCGUUCCCGAUAGUCAUCAACCAAUGAUAGACUUGACAGAAGCGGUGUUAAAUCACAGAAAAGAAUAUAGCGGACAUCCAGUUGUCGUUCAGUGCAUGAAUGGCGCCAAACAGAGUGGGAUGUUUUGUGUUUUGGCUAAUCUUGUAGAACAAAUACAGCUAUUUGGCACAGUGGACAUCUUACAGACAGUGUUAAACAUGCGUCACCGGCGAUCUCAAAUAGUUCCGUGUUUGGAACAACUGGAAUAUAUCUACGAUUUUGUAGAAAACUACUUAAAAUAUAUCGGACAAAAUUGACUGGAAUAUUACCCGUUUUGAUAUUUAAGGAACCUUACCACAGUUUAGAUCGUAUGUCCUUUUUUUCAGCUGUUUUUGUCUGUAUUUGUGUUAUUUUCUUUGUUUUAUUAUUAGUGAUUUAUAUAUUCUUCACAUAAUUUAAAUGACUAUUAGAGACAGCUUCUUUUCUAAUAAUUUUCCCACGUCUUCUUGGGAACCCUAAAGGAUGUUUGCGAAAUAGUUAUUAAAAGGGAACCAGUCAUUUUAUUAUAUGAAACAAAACAUAAAAUGUGACAGUUCUGUGUUUUUAAGGCUUUAGCUCAUUUCGUGAGCGAGAAAAAAAAUAUUAAAAUGAGUAUCCCUUUGACUCCCUUUAACACGGGAACGUUAAGAAUUUUUUUCUAUGAGUUAUUUUAAGCGUUUUGUCACAUAUCAUUGCAUUUAACUGUAGUGUAGAUUAAAGUUUUAAGACUAGAUACAUUUAGCUCAGCAUCAGGACUGUCAAAUUCUAUAAGAUCAGAUUUAGGACAUUAUUGUCUAUUUAUCAAUAUUUUUGAACCAAAGAAAAUGGUAAUUGUUAAUUCUUUUGUGACAAUUUUGUUAAAUUAUAUUAAAACCUUCUUCCUAGUAAAAGUAACAAUUUACCACGAUGUACAAGAAUAUUUGGAUGGCUUAGAGUCAACUCUAUUUCCCCAAACCCCUCCUCCAACCGCUUUCUUCGGCAAAAUCAAAAUUUGUUUGGAGAUUUUCAAGAAAUGGUAGCAGAGUUAAUAUUUGCUAAAAUAGCUUCAAACUUUCAAAAUGAAUAUACUUUGAAUUUUUACAUGUUUUUUUUUUAUUUUUACAUCACGGGGAGAUCACCCUGCAAUUGUUUUUGACCACUGUGUUAAAUAUGUUACCUGGUGAUCCCCGAUGUUUUAAUAUGUACUUUAACAUUAUUUAAUACUUACACAUUCUUAUGUAAUAUUAUUUCUCUUAAAUUGUAGGGAGAUCCCACUGUCUGUGUCGUAUAAUUUGCCCAAUAAGUCGGAUUGUGUUUGUCGGGGAUCUCUCUAUUAGUAAUGUAGUUUAUUUGUAGUAAGUUUGUUAGAUUCUUCAUUCAUUAAUGACAAAAUUCGUCAAAGCUGAUUUAGUUGUGUUUUAAGGGGUAAAAAUUAACAGAGCUACAGGUCUAAGAUGGGACUGGAAAAAUAAGUUGGGAUUGUAUAUGCAUUAUUGACAAAAAAAAAGAUAAAUGGAGGGCAUAAAUAGGGGCCUAUACUUUGUGCCAAUGUUGUGUAAAUCGCAGAUCACAGUCAAAAGUUUUUUUAUUGUUAUGCAGAAAUAUUACAUGUAUAUUUAUAUUUACUUUAAUUUCAUUUACUUUUUGUAUUUUGCUAUUGAUUUCUUGUUAUUCAUUUUAAAAUUCUUUCUUCCUUAAUUAUAUAAAAAAUAUU